AUUGGUGAACCUUGUGAUAACAGAGGCCCCGAAUACAGAAUAAAAUAGAAAUUAGAAAAAAGAAUUCUGCUGUACGUCUUCUGAAACAUCAACAAAAUUCAAACAUUGAAUUGUACUUUGUCAAGGAUUGCAUCCAAUAUUCAGUGAAGUUGAUUGAUCAAUUCAGAAUCAUGCACCGAGUUGUGUAUCUUUUGAUGGAAAUCCUAAUUGUGGCAGCCACUUACCAUGCUAAAGUCUCCUGCUUAUCAUCCGAAGAAAACUGCACUGGUUUAAAAGUUCCUAAGCCUGAAUUGAAGUACAUGUUAAGCAGACGGUUGGUGGUGACUUGGCAGGAAAACGACACCAGUGGAUACAAUUAUACAGCAUACAUAUGCUACACUAAAAUACGUUCUCACCCUAAUUUUGGUUCUCGAGAUACCUGUCCCCAUUUUCAAGCGAUGACCUCAUGUUCCUACGCAGGCGGCUCCGUCGACGCAAACAUACGCCGUCAAUGUGACAUGAAAGUGUUCGAAUACUAUGAAUAUACGGUACAUCUAAGUGCUGAAAUACGUGGGUGUGAACUAAUCGGGGAAAAUUUCAAAAUUACGCCAAGCCUAAAAAAUAUCAUCCCAAACCCAGUACCCACUUUCAAUGUGUACAGUAAAGUGAAUGAGCUACUCAUCGAAUGGACGAAAUCGGACAGAUAUGUGCAACUUUUAUACAUACUGAAAUGCAAACAACUUCCUAUGGCUAGGGAGAGGCAGGUGCUCGAGGUUCUCAAAGAUUCUAGAAACCAAGAUUUGAAAACAUACCGUUGCUGUAUUCAAGUUCAUUUACCGUAUUAUGGUUUGUCUACUCUUUACUCCCAAGUAUGCAAUGUCAGUCAGGCUAAAGAGAUCACCACGGCGACGUUUGGAUGUGGCAAAUCGCAUGAAUGUAAAACUGCUGAGGUUGACGAUUUAGGAGAAUUCGCUGGCCAGUUGCUGCCUGAUGACACCAACUGGCCUAAUAUGCCCCCUGCAAUGGUACUUCAAGUAAGAGAGAAACAACAACUACCACAAACAGAAAAGAGAGUGGCCCCAUUGACAGCGUAAAAUUUUCAGCUUUUAUAAAGGAUGCAUGUUGAUGCAAAGAAAACAAAAUAGACUAACAUUAUAUAAUAUAUACGUAUACAUAUAUUUCUUGAAAAAUGUAAAUAGAUCAUAUUAUAUAUGUCCAUAAUAUAACUAAAGUAAAGUAUUGCCAUUUAAAAGGAACUACAUCGUUGUGGACAUUUCAAAGAGUUUUCCAGCUCGCUAAACGGAAACACGAAAAUGGUGUGUACUUCUGAAACAGGUGUGCACAUACAUACAUAGCUUAUACGUUCUCUUCCCAGCAUCAUGAAAAUGCUCUUAGAGGUUUUCACCCAUAUUGCAUUAGGAAAGGGGAAUAAAACUCUAAUAGGCAAGGUGUGUGUUUAUCUGUCAAGUUUUUUGAAAAAGUGUGGAACAACUCUCCUCAUGUGAUAACAUACACACAACUGCAAUCUGUUCAAAAUUUGUAGACACGAUUAAGGACACGCUCAUUAGAUUUACGUUUUUAUUUCAUAAAUAAAACAUAUAACAAUUCCCCAUAUCUUUUCAAACAUAUAUCUUUAUAUUAAAUUCAUCACGCAAGAUCAUGUGCGAUCUAUGCAACAGAUAUAUAACAGUCAUAUAAUCCUUUAAACGGAAAAUAUGUGUAUAACAAUAUAG